AUGAGCCAUCAGGCAGCAUGGAUCAAGAAGCCCAAUACCGAUCUUGUGAUCGAGGAAUUCCCCAUCCCAACUCCGGGUCCGGGUGAACUAUUGAUCAAAGUCAGUGUUAUUGGAUUUAGCCCACUUGAAGCCAAGAUUCAAAAACUUGGACUCAUCCCAAUCCCCUACCCCAAUAUUUUGGGUAUGUCGUUUGCGGGCGUAGUAGAGCAAGUCGGGCCGAACGUGCAAGACUUCAAAGCCGGCGACCGAGUAGCCACCGUCCGCGACGGGCCCAAAGCUGCCGACCCACGCUUCGGCGCAUACCAGCAAUAUGCACUGGCGUCCCAGACAUCAACAGCAAAACUCAGCGAGGAAGUUGCGCUCGAGAGCGGCGCUUCAUCCAUCCUCAACCUCGCUGCUGUGGCGACCGCCUUGUCCAUCCACAUUGGACUAGACCGUCCAGAUCUCAGCGGCAAACCUGCUGCAUCAAAGGGCGAAAAGGUCCUCAUCUACGGCGGGUCGAGCUCGGCUGGCGGUCUUGCGAUCUGCUAUGCCGCCGCCGCUGGUUAUGAAGUCGUGACCACCUCAUCGCCCCAGCACAAGGACUUCGUGCAGUCGCUCGGCCCAGCGACCAUCCUCGACCACACUCGAUCCGGCUCAACGCUGACUCAAGAAAUCGCCGCCCACGGCCCAUACACCGCCAUAUUCGACACUAUCGGCCUCGCCCCCGUCACCGAAGUCCUGUCCAACUAUCUCGAGUCCAUCAACGGCGGAGUCUACUACUCCGUUCUGGCGCCCGACAAGCCCUUGCCCGCUGGCGUAGAGAAGCGUUUUGCGCCGUACAGCCUGUGGAUGGAUAGGCCCGAGCACAGCGAGUUCCGAACCUGGUUUUACUCCGAGUUGGUGCCGAAGGGCCUGCAGACCAGGUUGAUCAAGCCGACCAGACCACAGUGGCUGGAGGGUGGUUUGGAUCAGGCGCAGAAGGCCCUCGAUCUCAUGUUUGAGGAUAAGGUCAGUGGGCGAAAGUUGUUGCUGGACCCAAGUGUUUAA